UGCAGCUGACAGCGCUGCUGCUGAUGGUGAUGAUGAUGAUGAUGAUGAUGAUUUUGAUGAUGAAGAUGAAGAUGUUGAUGUUGAUGUUGAUGAUGACGAUGAACAAGAUGAUGAUGGUGGCGGUAGUGGUGGUAGUAAUGGCGAUGACGACGAAGAUGAGCAUGCUGAUAACGGGACUGAUCCGUUCACCUUGAUUAUGACUAAAGGCCACCACAAAAUAUCGUGGAGAACUGGAAUGAUUGAGACGGAGAAGGCUGAUGCACUGGUCUGUUCGGUCGGAGCAACCUCUCAAGCGAUUACAAAGGCGGGUGUUUCUCUAAUGACACCUCCAAACGCUGGAGACAGUGCUGUCUCUCCUGGUUUUCCAUUGGCUAAUCACGUGAUCAACACUUACUGUGGCCAAUGGAACGAUGGCAAAGGGGAGGCGUCUCUACGGGCCAUCGUCCAAAAGUGUCUGCAGAAGGGUGAAGAGCUUGGAGUGAAGUCCAUUGCAUUUCCUGUCAUAGGAACUGGAAACCUCAGCUUCCCACGGGAUGCAGCCUCGAGAAUCAUGUUAGAAGAAACGAUCAGCUUUUGCGGAGCAAACCCUGGAUCUAAAGUGCACGAUAUCCGAUUUAUUGUGUUCGAGCAAGAUCAGGCAUUAAAUGACGCCUUCAAACAAGAGAUGGACAAAUUGAAAGUCAAGCGCAAAUCCCGCAGUCCUGCCUACACUGCGAGAGGGCUAUACAAGAGUAUUCGUUCCAAACUUCGAGGACUUAGAAGGUACCGAUCAGUCUCAACAAAUUUAGACUCAAUAUUAAAUGCUACAGAUACUGGCCAGCUAGGAAAGCGUGAAAGGAGACAAGCGCACCGAGCGAGUCAAGAGCUCUCUGUGCGAAUUUUUGUCCUCGGCAAGAAAAAUGCAGCCGUGGACAAGGCCGUGGAAUUUUUGAAGAGAGGUUUCUCUGAAGCUUGUAUCACGGAAAAAGUCGAAAAUGAGGUUGUUAGUCAACUUUCUCAUAAACAGAUUGUCAGACUGAGAAGAAAAGCCGAGGACCGUGACGUCAAACUUGAAGUUGAGACUGAUGUUGAUCGCAUUGUCUUGCGGGGUCAACCGACCGAUGUGUCCGGCAUGGUCGGGGAGAUCUGGAAAGAGAUUAGCGAGAGAAUAAAGAAGAACCAGGAAGAAGAACAGGCGCAGAUGGUGGCAAGGAACAUAGAAUGGAGUUACAAAAUACGCGGUAGUAAAAAGGUUUUCCAUCCCAGAGCAAAAGCAAAGAUUGAGAUUGCGUACAGCAAAGCUGCGUCCAGAGUUAAAGUAUCUUUACGUGGAGAGCAGUUUGUUAUCGAUUUGAAGGCAAAAACCGGCCGCGGACAACGAACCGGUGAACAAAUUACACUGAAGAGAAAGGUUAAGGAAGCAGAGGAAGGAAUUCCUCUUCCGAAACACUGGGCGAAAAUGCCAAAAGAUGACAUGACAGUGCACCUGGUUCCACUCUCGAAAAAUUCCCCUGAGUAUAGAGACGUCACGCGCAAGUUCCAGGCUACCGCUGGUGGAGUAAAUAUUCAGAAAAUAGAACGAAUUCAGAAUCCUCAUCUGUACCAGUGUUACAUGGUAAGAAAACAAAAGAUGGACAAAGACAUUGGUGGUAAUAGUGAACGGCAGUUGUUUCAUGGAACCGACGCUAAAAAUGUCAGCCACAUCAACACUCAAGGAUUUAACAGAAGCUUAUGUGGGGCCCAUGGAACUAGAUUUGGACAAGGUACUUAUUUUGCGAGAGACGCCUCUUACUCACUUUGUUACGCAAGGAUAGGAGAUGCCGGGGGCCACUACAUGUACCUUGCCCGGGUCCUGGUCGGGCAGUAUUGUGUAGGCAACCCUGCAAUGAUAGUGCCUCCCCCAAAGAACCCUUUAAGACCAGAGAUAUUGUAUGAAUCAGUGGUUGAUAAUCAAGUAGACCCAUCUAUUUUUGUUGUAUUUUACGACAAUCAGUGUUAUCCAGAAUACCUUAUAACUGUGCAAUAGUAGGCGAAAUAUUUCUUCACAUUGUUACGUCACAGAAUAUAAUUGUUAUUUAAAAUGUAAUACCGUUGCACACAAAAUGUAAAUUAUAGAUUUAGCCA